AUGUUGACGCGGCUCAUGCGACACUACGAGGAUCAUCUUCUAGAACAGACAGAUUGCGACCAAUACGUGCAUGGCCUCCGCCAGUUGAGGAUUUUGAUGUCGGGAACAUCAGCGCUUCCUUCACCGCUCAGGGAGAAGUGGACGCGUUUGACAGAUGGCAAGAGGAUACUCGAGAGAUAUGGUGCCUCGAAAUUCAGCACCGCCAUUUUGACACCUCUGCACGAUAACCUUAAAGUACCAGAUGGAUCGGUCGGAGUCGCGUUGUCUGGCUGCGACGUCAGACUUGCCACCGAACUGGAGGGCGAAAUAUUGGUCAAGAGCUCCGGCAUGCUGCUGGGGUACCAUCUGGAUCCUGGUGUGACGAGAGCUGCCUUUGAUUAG